GAUUGGAAAGCUGCAUUACUCCCAAUCAUCUCAGUAUAUGCUUUUGAUUUAUUUGUUGUUUUUGAUGGUGGAAGAAUCAUCUGGGCACCCCCAAUGUUUAGACUACCGACCCCCAUUCAGACCACCUCAUCAUUUGGAGUUCUGCACUCAGUAUGGUAAGUUUGGGUGCUGUGAUCAGAACAAAGACGAUGCCGUUGCCGAGAGAUACUGGGACAUCAUGGACGUUUUUGAUAUCCAGGGGCACGAACUGUGUGGUGGGUUCGUUAAAGACCUUCUCUGUCAGGAGUGCUCCCCCUAUGCUGCUCAUCUAUUUGAUGCGGAGGACCCAUACACUCCUGUGAGAAACCUCCCAGGAUUGUGCUUCAACUACUGCUCAGAAUUUCACAUUAAAUGCCAGUCAGUCAUCACACUCCUAACUGAUGACAAGAGCCUUCGGGAGUCCUGUGAGAAGGACCGAUAUAAAUUCUGUAAUCUAAUGAACCUGCCAGACCAAGACUACUGCUUUCCUAAUGUGAUACAAAACACAGAUCUCAAUAGCAAUCUGGGCUCUGUGGUGCAGGAUUCCAAAGGCUGCUUUCAGCUUUGCCUGAUCGAAGUGGCUAAUGGUCUGAGGAACCCUGUGUUGAUGCUGCAUGCUAAUGACAACACCCACCGCAUGUUUGUGGCGGAGCAGCUAGGCUUCGUUUGGAUUUACUUGCCGGAUGGUAGCCGAUUGGAAGAGCCUUUCUUGAACCUCAGUGCGGCAGUAUUUACCACCCCCUGGGCAGGAGAUGAAAGAGGGUUUUUGGGACUUGCUUUUCAUCCGAAAUACAAAAACAAUGGCAAAUUCUUUGUCUACUAUUCUGUCUUAGUCAAGAGCCAGGUAGAAAAGGUCAGAAUCACUGAGUUCAAGGUAUCGUCGUUGGAUAUGAACAAAGCCGAUCCUAAUUCUGAAAGGUUAAUUCUUGAGAUUGAGGAACCUGCUUCGAAUCACAACGGUGGACAACUCCUGUUCGGUCUGGAUGGCUACAUGUAUGUCUUUACUGGAGAUGGUGGAAAAGCUGGGGACCCCUUUGGGAAAUUUGGGAAUGCUCAAAACAAGAGUGCACUACUAGGCAAAGUGUUACGGAUUGAUGUAGAUGGGACUGACUCGUAUGGAAAACCAUAUAGAAUUCCUUUAGAUAACCCCUUCAGGUCCGAUAAAAACGCCCGUCCUGAAGUAUAUGCCUAUGGAGUGAGGAACAUGUGGCGCUGCUCAAUGGAUCGAGGGGACCCUGUCUCUCACAAUGGAAGAGGCAGGAUAUUCUGUGGUGACGUGGGCCAGAACAGAUAUGAAGAGGUUGACUUCAUAGUGAAAGGAGGCAACUAUGGCUGGCGAGCAAAAGAGGGAUUUGAAUGCUAUGAUGCUAACCUGUGUCACAACUCAUCUUUGGAUGACAUCCUUCCUAUUUUUGCCUAUAGUCACAAGAUUGGCAAAUCUGUUACUGGAGGGUACGUGUACCGAGGAUGCGAGUCACCAAAUCUAAACGGCUUGUACAUUUUUGGUGAUUUCAUGUCUGGUCGGCUUAUGGCGUUGCAGGAAGAUAGGAAGACUGGAACUUGGAAGGAGAAAAAGAUCUGCAUGGGUCAAAUGCAAACCUGUUCUUUUCCCAGACUGAUCAAUCAUUACCACAAAUUUAUUAUCUCCUUUGCGGAAGAUGAAGCAGGGGAGCUGUACUUCAUGUCGACUUCACAUCCAACUGCCUAUUCUCCAUAUGGAACAAUUUACAAGUUUAUUGAUCCUUCCAGGAGAGCGCCACCGGGAAAAUGUAAACAGAAACCUCUUCCUGUGAAAGUGAAAGGGAAACGAAGACCGUUUGUGCCCCAAGCACUGACAGUUUUGGACAUGAACAACAAUCCACCCACUAGGGUACCACCAAAAAAGAUGAAAUUUACCACAAAGCCACUUGCUACAACUACUUUCAGGUCUAUGACCGUGAGACCUACCACCUUGGCAACAAUGGAACCUACAAGGAAAAUCUAUACCAAAAAGCCAGCUCUUAAAACAACCGCACCCAGAACUCAUCCAAAAACAAAUCCCAAACCUCCAGAGACAACAAGAAAAUACUUUUUAUCAAAAGCAGAGAACAAAAUCAAGAAAAAAACAUCUGUGCCACAUGUGAAUAAAUCAAAGGGCAAACAUAAACCCAAGCAGGUGCAAAAGCCAGUGAAGUUCAGUACUUCACAGAGAACAACAAUCAGACCUAAAGGUUCUUCUAGGAAGCAGAAGGGAUCCCAAACUGUCAAAUAGUUUGACUCUGCAAGGCAGCAAAAUGUAAGGUUUACAAUAGAGCAUAAAAUUCAACUCAACAAAACAGUCAAGGAUUUUGAUGCUAUUUGCCGUUUCAAUG